AUGGUAGAGGAUAUGUUCACUAGUGGAGCAGUAGAUAUGUCAACCGAUUCGACUGCCCAAGUUCUCUCAAUAGGGCUUGGAGCCGGUUUCAUUAAUUCCUAUCUCCACCACAAUUUCCCUAAGAUGAACAUUACGGUAGUAGACAUCGAACCGAAGAUGGUGGAUAUCUGCCUGAGGUGGUUUGAUAUGAAGCUGGACGAUCGACAACAUGCGGUUGUCAUGGAUGGUGUGGAUUUUAUUGAGCAAGCUGUUAACAGUGGUAAGUCUAGUCUAUUCCUUUAACA